AUGAUAUCUUUGCAAACAUACCAACUUCGUUUGAAAGCAUUUUUUGAGAAAAAAUCGAAGUCGGAGUCGAAUAACUUAAAAAUUUAUUUCAAAGGCGAACAUGGCUUUACUCAACCCAUAAAUAUACCUUUGAAUCGAUUGAUUGAUGAUAUCUACAAAUGUGAUAUCGAGUCAAUCGAUGUCGGGAAUUUGUCAUAUGUCCAUAUAAAACUCGAUGGAACGGAUGUUCGUUUGAAAUUGAACUAUGUGGAAGUCGAAUGCGACGAAAACAAAAUCUUUCAUUUUCCGAUCGAUCGUUGGCUUCAUUCGGAUGGACCGGCUCAACUCGAUGUUUUGGUCAACCAAGGCCCCAUUGAACUGGAUCCAAUCUAUACAGUUAUCGUACAUACGGGUAGUAUAAGCAGCUCUACCAAAGCAUCUAUUCGUUUUGCACUAAUUGGCACCACGUCAUCAAGUCUUCCGUUCGUUUUGAACACAACCACAGCUUCAAGUCAACCUACUUCAUCAAAAACCAACUUCUUUCAACCAGGUUCCAAAGAUACGUUCUUCAUCUCGCCGAUGAAGUCAAUAGAUAUCGGACAACUGUGUGAUGUACAAUUCUGGUGUGAUACUAUGGAUCAAUUGCCAUACUACUGUGAAAGCGUGGAAGUUACCAAUAAUUUCACUAAUGAUAAAUAUUUUUUUCUCAUCAAUCAAUGGUUUGGGCCGGAUUUAGAACAGCAAGUAUGUGUGCCGGUUACUAAUCGCAGUCAAGAAUCAAAAGUGUUUACAAUUUCAGUAAAAACAACGAAUAUAUCAGAUACAAAUGGGGAGAAUAUUUUGUUGAUUCAAAUGAGAUUUGCUAAUGAUAAAAUCUACGAAGAGACCUUGAACUCAUCAGAAACCUAUCAGAUUCCAUUCCAAGCCAAUCAUAUAGACUUUUUUGUCGUAAGUCUUAAUGACGUUGGCAACAGUCAAAAAUUAUAUUCUCGUGCGUCUUUUCUAUGGGUUGUUCAACAUCUCACAGUACUAUGUGCACUGUAUCGUCGAAACACGUUUCGCUACAUGGAAUACCAUCAACACCGACUAAGACUGCGUGUCUAUGGAUUACAAGUUUAUACCAAUGUUCAGACUUGUUUAACUUUUCUCGAGAAGAUCGAUGAGGAAAAAAUCUUUCUUAUUAUAUCCAAUCGAAGUCAAUCGCUUGAAGACUUCCAUCGUUUCUCUCAAAUUGAGAAGAUUUAUUUAGUAAACUCGUCUACGAAUAUAUUGAAUGACAAGAAGUACCUAAUGGCAAAAUACGUGCUGAUUAAGAAUGUCGAUACUCUUUACAAAGAACUUCAAGACGAUAUUGAUCUCUGUGAAAUGGAUUUGCUUCGUAUAACAGUGUCGUUUCCAUCACCAUCGCAAGAAACCGUGUUGGCGGUGAAUUUAACUAAAUACGAAGCGUCGUUUUUAUUCGAGCAGAUGGUCAAAGAGAUUAUCUACCGUCUCAAAUUCGAAAGUGGCUCGAAGGAUGUUUUCAUCGAUUUCUGUAAAACACAUUAUAAAAAUGCUGAUAAUGAAUUACUUGUCAUCGAAGAUUUUGCGCAAAAUUACCGUCCAAAUCAAGCUCUUCGAUGGUUGACCAAUUCCUGUUUCAUUUCGAAGAUUAUUAAUCGAGUUCUUCGUACAUUUGAAAUCGACGUGGUUUAUAAACUUGGAUUUUUCAUCAAACAAAUAUUCAUUCAAUUGACUCGCUUGCACGAAGAGAAUAUUUCAGCUAUGAAACAAAUCGCUGUUGUUUAUCGCGGAAAAACCAUGCCGAACGAUGAAUUCGACAUUCUCAUACGGAAGAAUUUGAACGGUUUCCUUGCGUUCACAAGUUUUCUCAUCGCGUCAGCGGAUAAGAAUACGUCGAUUGAUUUCGUCAAUCGUCGUCUCGAAUUGCAUCGCGAUUUAACCGGUGUUAUCUUUCAAAUUGACAUCAACGAUGCUAUAUUCGAUGCGAAAACGCCAUUUUCAUUACUCAAAGAUGCAGACAUGAACAAAAAUGAAGUUUGUUUUCAUCUUGGGACGGUUUUUCGCAUUGAAUCAGUCGAGCCAAUGGCGCCACCGAAUCUAUCAGGAGUAUGGCUAGUGAACCUGGAACUAGUCCACGAUGAUAAUCAACAAUUAGCUCCGAUUCUAGCAACAGCUUGUAGCGAUGAAGUACAUGCAAACCCACUGUCGUUUCUGGGUAAAUUACUGAUCGAUAUGGGUGAACAUCACCGAGCUGAACAAGGUUUAUGUGAAAUUCUACAAGAUGCUUCCGUGCGUAGCCAACCGCGCCGACUUACACGAACGCAUAUGGGUCUCGGCGAUUUGUAUACGUUUACAAAAGACUAUGUAAAAGCCUUGAAUCAUUACGAACAAGCGCUUCAAACGAGUUUAAUUUAUUUCCCAUUGGAUCAUCCGGAUGUUGCAGUUUUCUACAAAAGUAUAGCUGAUAACUAUGUCUAUCAGAAGAACUAUAACCGUGCGAUAGAAAACUACGAAAAAAUAAUCGAAUUACUAAGAAAUGACACACAGAAGAAUCACUCUGAGUACGUGAGCGAUAUCUACAAUCGCAUUAAUGAAGUGAAACAAGCCAUUGUAGACGAAAAAUGA